GGAGGGUUACGGGAAUCCAGUGAGGACGUUGUGUGCCUGCGAGGCGUGUCAUCCUGGGUCAUUGAAUCCAUACUCGGCUUCAUCUACACAGGUCAGCUCAGACUUGGCUGGAGGCAGAUUUGGGAGCUUACAGAUGCACUGCUGCAGUUCCAGCUACAGGGGGCACUCUCUCUGUGCAUCGACUUCCUGCGGGACAGAAUGGAUGAAAGCACCUGUCUGGACGUGCUGGUGCUGGCUGAGACCUAUGGGCUGGUACAGCUGCGGCAGGCUGCAGAGGAGUACAUCCUAGCCCACUUCCAAUGCAUCUCUGCUGGAGAGAAGUUCAAGGAUGUCCCCUAUCCCCUUCUGGACAGGCUGCUUGAGAAGGACUCGCUGUGUGUAGACAGUGAGAUCGUGGUGUUCAAUGCAGUAGUGAGCUGGGUGGAGGACAACCCCAAAGAAAGACUCCCAUUUCUGCCAGGCCUGCUCUUCCUAGUUCGUCUCCCCCUCCUCAGCAACUCGGAGCUCCAGAAGGCCCUGAGCUGUAGCCUUCUUCGCAGGAGCCCUGGGGCCAAAGAAACACUAGAGGCUAUUCGAAGCCUCCUAAACGGCGAUUACAGAGGGCCUGAUUGCCGACCUCGCACCCCAAACUACGUUCUGGUUCUGGUCGGUGGCGACACAGUCGAUGAUGAAUUCAUGAGGAGGGUUCCCAACCAGACAUUGUGGUAUGUUCACCAGCUCCACCAUGGACCCGGUCUAAUUAGAAGCAUAGAGUGGAAGCCAUUGGCCAAGCUCCCUGAACCAGCUCGAUUCAGACACUCUGUCUGCCUCCUCAAGGACAAACUAUACAUCCUGGGAGGACGCAUGUACUAUGGAUCACUGGACAUCCUCAAGUGUGCUUUGAGGUUUGACCUGACCGAAUGUAAAUGGGAACGACUGCCUGACAUGCUGUGUCAAAGGGACUACUUUUCUGCUGUGUGUCUAGAAGGGAAGGUCUUUGCCCUGGGUGGUAACAGUGACGACAGCCAAUACCUGGAUGCCGUGGAGUACUACACUCCCGAGGAAAAUGCCUGGAGGCGGGCUCACCCUCUGGACACAGCUAUCUGCGGCCAUGCUGCAGCCGUACUGGAUGGGCAGAUCUAUAUUUCGGGGGGCUGCGACCUUCAUCAGCGCUGCCUCCCCACUAUGUGGCACUACCACCCUUCCCGUGGCUGUUCUCCCAGAGCACCCAUGACUGCAGGAGCGGGACGGGCAGGUCAUGUCAUGUUAGCCUUGGGGAGGGGGUUGGUCGUAGCCGGAGGGCUGCAGCCUCUCUGGAUCGGUUUUGGAGACCAACUCCUCUGUGAGCUGUACAACCCCCAACACGACUCCUGGUCCUCCAUCCCCGCCCUGCCUCGGCCUCAUCUGUCACCAGGGGCUACUGUACUUGAUGGCCGGUUGUAUGUUGUAGGAGGGUCUUCAGCAGACACAGCAAGGGAUACCAAGUGGGUGCAUCGCUAUGACCCCAAGGAGAAGUGCUGGGAAAAACUUGGGGCUAUGCCACACCCAUAUACAGAUCUAGCAGCUUGUACCCUGCCACUUCUUCACCUGACUGAUUAAAAAUUAAAGUCUUUAACUGAAGGAAAGCCAAGGAACUUUGCCAAUAUUUGAAGGCAGUAUUUUAAAUUUUUGUGGAAGGCGCAAUAGUACUAUAGUGCAAAAAGGUCCCACGCUGAUCAUAUUUGGCACAUCAGAGAUACUGAACACACUGAAGGUACCUAAGCGACAGUUUAAGUCCAAAUAGCAGUGGAGUCUGAGUCAAGAUCUGGCCCAAACGGACUCAAGGCCAAGACAAAAACACAAAACAGUACCCAUUUCCACUUGUUCAUACUGUUGUCUUUCUGUGAUAUAACUUCAAUCACUCAGAUGCAGUCUUUUGUGUUUAGGAAUGUGAGUUUAAUCAAUUACUGUGUAUGCUGAGCAGAAAUCAAUGGUUUUAACUCUGAGGGGGAAAGGUUCGUUUUAUUGAGGUGUUUAUGUUAAAUUGUCUGAACUUGUACUUGUAAGUGACAAUGCAGAACAAGUGCAUGUGAUAUUAAAGAAAAUAAUUUUGCA